UUAUAUAUAUAUAUAUAUAUAAAAUUUAACAAAAUUACGAUACAUAAAAGAUAAUGAAGAACGCAUUCAAAUCAUGCACAUUAUAAUUUAGAAUUAGUAUUUGACAAGUUUGGCAUCUGUAAAAUUUUUGGCAUACGAAAUGAAAUCAUUGUGUAGGAUAUAUGAGAGAAGGAAGCGCAUGCUGAACCUGGUUGGUUCAUUCAAUCCUUAAAAAAAUAGACCAAAGUAUCCAAUUUCCCUACUAAGAUCAAACUUAGGUAAUAGCUAUCGACAGGAUCAGAAAGUAAGAAGAAAAGAAUGUUGAACAUAUGCGACUCCCUGAUGGCUGAAAACGCAACCAUCCCAUGAGAAAAUUUCCAGAGCAUCGAAAAAUCAAAUAAAUAAUAUUUAUGCGAUUAAGGGCACCGAAACGCAUAGGUCGACCACUGAUCUGGAGGAUCGGAGCCUCCAUGUUUGACGUUCCACCGCGUGAAGUGAGCCGCGGAGUCCAGCGCUGACGUCGACGGGGCGACAGGCAGCGAAGUCGCGCGCGUUGCGCUUCUUUUUCGUGAUCCGCGUGUGAUCGACACGGGCCAAGCCACGCACUUUUUGGAGUUCCGUGGGACCGGGGGUCUCUCCGCGCCCGGCUAGCACAUCAUGGACGAUCUGGAUGCGCUGCUGGCGGACCUGCAGAACACCGUGACGUCGGAGGGAAAUCACGGCAAUGCGACUCCCGGUUACGGAUCGCUCAAUGGUGCCCGCACCCACGCGACCACCGUCUACAGGUCUUAUGACAAUCGGACCUCGCCGCUGCCGCCGCAAUCGCCGACUUACCAGAACCGCGAGGCGAUAGAGGAAACCAUCGGUAAAACCGGAAGUGCGUCUUACACCCAGUCGGGCGCCGGAAGCAAGAUGCCCUCCCUCAAUAACAAUCUUUCCGAGUUGGAUACUCUCCUGCAAGACCUGAGCAAUGCGCGCUAUAAUGCCCACUUUCAGGAAAGAGACAGUCGCGUGUCCACAACGGGGGUGAACGGGGGCACCAGCCCCCAUCUCCGUUCCCCGAGUAGUAUGUCGGCCUCUCGACCCACCGUCGACUCGUUGCUAGAAGAAUUAAGCACCGCAGUGCCUAAUGGAGACUACCCCGCUGACGGAAAGGUGAGGGUCACCAUACAGGAGACGUCCACGGAGAUACAGCCGGUCUAUGACGGCUAUCCCUCAAGUCAGCAUGGCUCGCUGAGUCGAACCGAGGUUCAGAGGAGUUUUCCUAAUGGUCAUACCGCGAGUAAUGCUACCAAGGAGCUGGAUGAUCUAAUGGCUUCGCUUUCCGAAUUCAAGAUCAACAGCGGCACCCAUCAGCACCAGACAGUAACCGACUCCCCGUACGCGAAGCCCAACAAGGCCACCAAAAGCUCGCAGAGCCCACUGCCCGUCGGCGAGGGCACGCAGACCCGCGUCCACAUCACCGAGACCCACACGACUCAUCUCUAUCAACCGGGAGAGAGCCAGCCCCUCAAACAGAACCAGUUGGAUUCUAUGCUCGGUAAUCUUCAGGCCGACAUGAGCCGCCAGGGUGUCAACACUACUCAGAAGGGAUGCUGCAGCGCCUGCGAGAAGCCGAUCGUGGGCCAGGUGAUAACAGCCUUGGGAAAGACGUGGCAUCCGGAACACUUUACGUGUACCCACUGCAAUCAGGAGUUAGGCACGCGAAACUUCUUCGAGAGGGAGGGCCAUCCUUACUGCGAGACGGACUAUCACAAUUUGUUCUCGCCCCGUUGCGCUUACUGCAACGGGCCCAUUCUCGAUAAAUGCGUGACCGCCCUGGAGAAGACCUGGCACACCGAACAUUUCUUCUGCGCUCAGUGCGGCAAGCAGUUCGGCGAAGAGGGCUUCCACGAGCGAGACGGCAAGCCUUACUGCCGCGAGGACUACUUUGACAUGUUUGCGCCUAAGUGCGGCGGCUGUAAUCGCGCUAUUAUGGAGAAUUACAUAUCUGCGCUCAACAGUCAGUGGCAUCCGGAUUGUUUCGUCUGCAGGGAUUGCAGACAGAAGUUUCAGGGGGGCUCGUUCUUCGAUCACGAGGGAUUGCCGUAUUGCGAGACACACUACCACGCUAAGAGAGGAUCCUUGUGUGCGGGAUGUCAUAAGCCCAUUACCGGUCGUUGCAUAACGGCGAUGUUCCGCAAAUUCCAUCCCGAGCACUUCGUAUGCGCGUUUUGCUUGAAGCAGCUGAACAAGGGCACGUUCAAGGAACAAAACGACAAGCCUUACUGCCACGGUUGCUUCGAGAAGCUCUUCGGAUAAAUGAUUUGUCUCUCUUUCUCUUCGAAUUAUAUAUUUUGUAACAUAAUAACGAAACGAGAAGCAGUUUCGCGUUCUCGGUGCCGUUUUAUUACUCUCUCUCUUUCUCUCGACGAAAUACGUAUACGGUAUUAUAUACUUAUUUGCUUUGAUCGUCUAUAUAAAAGCGUUAGAGACGAGACUCACAUUGCCUGAAAAAAAUAGUCUUUUAGAGUUUCCAUUUUUUUAUAAAUAUUGAUCUUUGAACGAUUGAAAUUGAAGGAAUAUUGUGAACAGAGAAAUUUUAAUUAUUGAAGAGAGUACCGCAAAAAUAGAAAAAUCAGAAGAUAUCUAGAAUCUAUUCCCCAGUCACGAUUGCCAUUUUUAAUCAAACUGACGAGUUCAAAUUUUAAUUUUUUUUUAGAGAAAAAGAAAUUAAAUUAUUAAAGUUGUUAUAUAUAUAUUGGAAAAAGAGAAUAUAAGUGGAUAAAACCCCACUAUUUGUUUAAUAACGUAAACAAGAGAAAUUUAUUUCAUAGAGAGAUAAAUGUGUACUUGAUGUUAAAACCUUACGAGGAAAUUUUUUUCCGUGAAAUGUUCAUUAAGAAAAAUCGAAUUGCCCGAGAAUUAUUAGAUUUAAUUCGGACGGAAUUUGUUCUAUAAUUCUAUGGAAUCUUCGAAUCUUUAUAGAAUUUUACAUAACACUAGGUGUGUAACUACACAAGUUUGAGUCCCAUCGUGUCAUUUAAGGAUCAAUGAAAAGGAAGGGUGCUAAACAGUUUUUAUCGUUACUAAUAAUUUGUAUCGAGGUACUAUCUAGUAAAUAUAUGUAUACGGUGUACUUGAUCGAGCAGGUAUUUGUACGACAAGCGGACUUUUGCCACCAAAUAUUUCCCUGAUGAAAGCUCUUCCCAUGCACGUGCGUUAUAGAUUUCGUAUAUUUAUAAAUAUUUAAAUAGAAGCAAUAUAGGAUCAGAGUUUAACGGAUAUUACCGCGCGAAUAGUAUUACACAAAUUUACUUAUACCCCGCUAUAUACAAGUUUAUUUACGCCUGAAUCAUAUUGCCAUGUAAAGAAAGAAAUAAUCAAGGGAAUUAUACAUACGAAGGUAGCAUGUGUACGAAGUGAACGAAUCGUGUGUAAACGUGACGCUUCAGAGGACAAGGAACGAAAAUAAAUACAUAUAAUGAGAUAGACUA